AAGCAAACGGUCAGCAGAGGUGAUGGUUGACCAAAAAGGCAAUGAUCGUCGUACUGCGAUCGUGCUAGAUGAUUCUGACGAUGAAGUUUUGAUGAAUGACGGAGCAAAGAAGCAAGUCGAAGAUGAAGUCAAACCUGUAAAUAGCAUGGCAGCUAUAGGUGAUAGAGCUCUUAUGGAACGUGAAAGAUUGGAAAGACAAAGGAAGAGAAGACGAGAAGCAGGAUUGCCUGAAGAGGAUGAUGACGAUACGAUUAGCAUUGCAGGCUCUAGCUCAAAAGUACAGAAGGUAACACCACAAAGGACAGAAGUCAAAAGUGGGAAUAGGUCAAACGGCAAAGAAAGCCAGGAUAUUCCAUUGUAUUGGUCUGGAACAAUCAAGAAAUCUUUCAAUAUUCACUCCAAAUCUGCACCUGGAACACCAUUCGAAGAUUUCCUACGUCCUACAACACCUUUUCGUGCAAAUGGCUUAACCCAUGUGAUCAUGGCUACGUUCUGUGAAGAUAUUCAAUGGCUGUCACAAAUGUUUCCAAAGGGUGAAUCAGCUCCUGAGAUCACAAUGAUCACACUGGCACAAGGAGAAUUAAAGGCGGGCGUGUAUGCUCCUCUACAUCCACAACUGCCCAAUUGGAUUCGUCUCGUCGUUCCAAGACGAGGGCUGAGUGAAUAUACAACGAUGCAUAUGAAAUUCAUCAUCUUGUUCUACGAAGACCGAUUGAGGUUGAUGAUUUUGUCGGGCAAUUUGGUGGACUAUGAUUGGAGAAGAAUAGAGAAUACCGCAUUCAUUCAUGACUUUCCACGACUCAAGAAUGACGAGAAGGACACCACGUCCGAGUACGGCAAGCAAAUGAGAAGGAUAUUGAGCUCACUCAGCGUUCCUGCUGGACAUUAUGCAAUGCGUAUGAUGGAAUCGUACGACAUGAGUUCAAAAUGUGAGGCGAGAAUUGUUGCAAGUAUACCCACCUUUACUCCCGUGACAGGAUGGGCAGCGAUUGAAGAAUUAGGUAUCGGUCGUUUAGGCAAAGUCGUACGUGAAAUUUUGGGAAACAAGAUGUUAGAGGUAGAUAUUGAGGCGCAGGGAUCUUCGAUGGGUUCAUAUUCUCCAAGAUGGCUACAGCAAUUUCACCUGAUAUGUACAGGAGCAGAUUACAGAAAGCACUUACCAUUACCUACAGGCGCAAAAGCUGUCAAAGCUUGGGCAUCGGCAACAAAAUGCAAAGAAUCGGAACAAUGGCCACCGAUGCGAUUAUUGUUCCCUUCUGAUUCAUGGGUGAAAAAGCAAUCUGUUGAAGGUGUUAGUGGAGCUCUGACAUUUUUUGGGAAGAAGAAAGUGUCGAUCGAAAAAGGUUUUAUCAAGCUACUACAUCAACCUGUUUCAUUGCGUGGAAAUAUUAUGAUGCACCACAAAGCGAUUGUUGCGAUCAAGAAAGGAUGUGAACAAGCUUCUCCUUCUGAUGAGAACGAGAUUAUUGGAUGGGCAUAUAUGGGCUCUCACAAUCUCACACAGGCUGCAUGGGGAAAUAUUUCUUCCGGCAAAAAAGGAGGUGAAGUUCAGCUUUCCAUAAAUAAUUGGGAAUUAGGAGUUGUUGUGCCAAUGUGUUUGAACGAUUUACAUGAAUCGCAGAAGCCUUUGCCUGAAGGUAUGAAAGCGAACAUCAUCACUUGGAAGAGACCAGCGCAGAAGUACAAAGAGGAAGAUGUACCGUGGGAUCAAUUUGAUCAAAGAUGAAUCGCUGAAUAAUGUAAAAGUAGCCGUUGUGUAAUUAUCUUAUGUAAUCAGUGUC